AUGGAGAAGCACACCACUGCAAUGGUGGGGAAUGAAGACGGCAGGUUCUCAUCAUUGGACUCUGAGAUGAUUAUCGAGGAUAAAAUCAAAUGUACUAUCUUACCACCACCGAGUCAUUUGAGAUUGUUACCGCCAACAACUACUUCAGUCAAGCAGCUUAUUGAUAUUGUUACCACCACCGAAUCAUUUGAAUGGUCUUCUUUGAAUGGUGUUGCUGCUCCUUCUUUGAAGAUCCCAAAAAUAGAAAAGUUCGAAUAAGUUUAAACCAUUCAUAAUUAUUUGAUAUUUUAGUUUGAAGACU